UUGGCAUCCAAACAACCUGAACUCGAAUCCCCUCUCUCCGCCUGCCUGAGCUCCUCCACCGGCUCUCCUGGAACUCGAAGCCCAAUCCCUGCGGACCCGUGUCGCCUCUUUGAAAUGGCCUCGCUCUCUCGUUCUCUGUGAAGGAAGAGGAGUGAGACGAGACGUAGACGGUUUUAAUUAUAGUGGUUCUUGAAGCUACGAUGGCCGAGCCAUCGCCUCAGAAAGCCCUGUCAGUAUACCUCUACAUCCCCAACAUUAUAGGCUAUAUAAGAAUCAUAAUGAAUUGUGUUGCAUUUGCUCUUUGCUAUUCCAACAAAACACUCUUUGCUGUACUAUACUUCUUCAGCUUUUUCUGUGAUGGAUUGGAUGGUUGGUUUGCAAGAAAGUUCAAUCAAGUGUCAACCUUUGGAGCUGUUUUGGACAUGGUAACAGACAGGGUAAGCACUGCUUGUUUGUUGGCGAUUCUCUCACAGUUAUACAGGCCAGGCUUGAUUUUCUUGUCAUUGCUUGGAUUGGACAUUGCAAGCCACUGGUUGCAAAUGUAUAGUUCUUUCUUAUCAGGCAAGACUAGUCACAAGGAUGUAAAGGACAAGAGUAAUUGGCUUUUGAAGGCAUACUAUGGGCAGCGGUUAUUCAUGGCUUUUUGUUGUGUGGGAUCUGAGGUUCUGUACAUCAUCCUCUUCCUUAUUGCUGAUAACCAAUCUGAAAGUGUGCUCGAUGCUUGUCUGAAUGCCUUGAAACAGAGUUCACUUCUUUCAUUGACAUUAUUUGUAACUCUAAUUGGAUGGGCAAUUAAGCAAGUGGUUAACAUUAUACAGAUGAAGACAGCUGCAGAUUCUUGCGUGCUUUAUGAUAUGAAAAGAAGCAAGUGACCGUGUACCUCCACGAAUGACUACUGAUUGCCACCUGCUCACGGCUACAUUUUUAAGCCUUCGUGAUUGCUUGCAUAUGCUUGUAUUCUCAUGUUGAAAGAAAACUUUUACCUAAUGGUUUUAAAAGAACUGCAUAUCUUCUGCCUCUAUGGUCAGCCCAAUGACUGAAGGGAACCAAUGUGAUGUUUUAGUUCGCAACAUGUUACUGUGAUAGAGUUACUUCAACAAGUAAUAAUUUGCUGAAAUACAGCACAUGUACUAAGUAGCAUAAGAAUAUACUUUGGGUAUCACCUGGAUGUGAGCUUGAAUUUGUUUUGUUUCA